UUAUAAGAAAAACACUUGUGUUUGGGAAUAGGUUUUUCUGAUUUACAAUACUGAUAUAUUUCAUAAAAUGGCAUGUCAUAAAAAAUCAUUUUCAUGAAGGUAAUUCACACCCUGAUUUCUGUAUUGUUUAACUUCAAUAGAUUUAAAUUUGAUUUUUUGUAUCUCAAAAUAAACAGUAAAUAAUUCAGUGUGUGUAAACCACUUUUCGUGACAGUGUGGAGAUGUCUCUUAUAACAUCACGCUGAGAAAUCUAAUCAAUCAGUUCACUAGAUUGAUAAAAUGUUAAAUUAUUAGACACUGAAGGCUGGAGACCUCCUAGAAGCCCUUUAGCGACCCCUGGGACACCCUGGACCGCAUAUUGGGAACCGCUAAUGGUCUGCUAGGGACUGUAUUCCCUGGGUGGACCAAUGACAGACAGGUGGCGCUGCUUCACCGGCGCUGAUGGGUCGGCCAGUGUGAAGGAGCAGAAGUUUGUUCUGCGCUGUGUUUUUACGCAGGCGCAGAUCAUGCUGUUUGUCCAGUUUCGCUGGUUGAGUUUUACCUGUGAGGUAGACUAGUUUCGGCUCGCCGGUGGGAAGAAGAGCUACCGAGCACCGUCCGGUCCAGAGGUGACGAGACUUUUUCCUCCUCCCCUCCUCCCCUGGACCGUGUGACUCAGGGGUUCCCGCUGCGGAGCGUCGGCCGGGAUUUCUCCGGGAUUUUAGAGUCGGUGCGCAACAGCGAGCGAGGCAGGAGGCAGGUGCACGGGAGAGGAGGACAGGACAGGGGGAGGAGGAGGAGGGCUGCUUCCGUGAGAGACUCCUGUCGUUCACACCACAACGAAUGACUGGAAAUCAACUGGUUGGCGCCUCGGUGGUCGAUCUGUGUGAGUUUCAUUAGUAUGCGGCCGGAGUCUCCCCGCUGCUGCCGACUGGACUGAUCGGCAGCCCUGAAGUCUCCUCCGUGGCUGCUGAGUGACUCCUCGCCCCGGGGAGGACGAGGGGGAGGAGGAGGCGGCGGCAGCACAAGCAGGACCCCGGCUGCACCGACUGGUCGCUGGGGCUCUUUUCACGCACACAGCGCGGACCUCCUCGCCCUGUGGAUCAAGAAGAUGAUGGGCUUUCUGCGCCGGACGUUCAGCCGCCGGUCACGGAGCCGGUUCCAGGCGAGAGAGAGGGACGAGCGGGACGGUAAAGGAGGAGGAGGAGGAGGAGCAGGAGGAGGGAUGACCGGGAACCCCCUGCUCAUGGCUCAUCAGCAGCAGGUCGUCCACGCGCCUGCCGUAGUGACCGGUGGAGCGUCGGUCCACAUCCCGGCUGCCGGGACGGCGCGGACCACCAUCACCUGUAGGGUCCUGCUGCUGGACGGCUCGGACGUCAAUGUGGAUUUGCCUAGCAAGUCCAAAGGCCAGGACCUUUUUGACCAGAUCAUGUAUCACAUAGAUCUGGUUGAGACAGACUACUUUGGACUGCAGUACAUGGACACAGACCAAAUCUCACACUGGCUGGAUAUGUCCAAGCUUAUAAAGAAGCAGAUCCAAGAUGGGCCACCAUUUAGACUGUUUUUCAGAGUGAAAUUUUACUCUUCAGAGCCAAAUAACCUGCGUGAGGAAUUCACAAGGUAUCUGUUUGUGUUGCAGCUUCGACAAGACAUCUUGUCUGGCAAAUUGAAAUGUCCGUAUGAAGUCUCAGUAGAGCUGGCGUCGUAUUGUUUACAAAGUGAGCUUGGAGACUGCGACCCCUUGGAGCACUCUCCUGAGCUGGUGUCAGAGUUUCGUUUCACUCCUAAACAGAGCGAGGCCAUGGAGGCGGACAUAUUCGGCAGGUGGCUGGACCUUAGGGGAAAGAGCCCGUCUCAAGCAGAGAUCUCCUUCCUCAACAAAUGCAAGUGGCUGGAGCUUUACGGAGUAGAUAUGCACUUUGUUAAGGGCAAAGAUGGAGGAGAGUAUGCACUAGGUCUCACUCCCACUGGCAUCUUGGUAUUUGAGGGCUCCAACAAAAUUGGUCUCUUCUUCUGGCCCAAAAUCACUCGGCUGGACUUUAAAAAGAGUCGACUCACGUUGGUCGUGGUGGAGGACGACGAUCAGGGCCGGGAGCAGGAGCAUACGUUUGUGUUCCAGCUGGCCAGCUCCAAGACCUGCAAACACCUGUGGAAGUGCGCCGUGGAGAGCCACGCCUUCUUCCGGCUACGCCAGCCAGCCACAGGCAAGGCCAGCCGCAAUGACUUCACGCGACUCGGGUCUCGCUUCAGAUUCAGUGGUAAGACAGAGUACCAGGCCACUCAUGGAGGCAGACUGAGGCGAGCCAGCACGUUUGAGAGAAGGCCAAGCAAGCGUUACCCCUCCCGCACACAUUCACUGGGUAAAGUUACCAUUUCUCCAGCCAAGCCACCACACAUCAGCUCUCACGCCAGCCCUGAUCCGAGCCUACAUCCGUACCAGCACAACAUUCCUAUUGGUCACGAGCCGUGGCACCCGCAGCAUCCUGCUCUCACACCCCCAGUUUACCUGCAGCCCUCUGGACGCACGCCUCCUCACAGUUACCCUCUGAGCGGUCCUGCUACAGACCAUCAGUUCAGCGUUGAGGAGAAUGAGACUUCUUAUUCUGGCAAGAUGCACCACCAUCAUCGUCGCCACACACACAGCCAGGACACGCUCUGCCAUACACACACCAAGAACAAACGUCGAGUUCCUCCCUGCCCAGCUGAUGAGAUGGAGAUCUCUCAGUCUCUUCUCAAGGCUCUGGAGUCGGACAGUGAUUCUCCUCCCUGGCCUUCACUACACGUCAACAUGGACAAGGGAGAUGAGAAGCAGCUUUCAGAAAAGUCUCUCCACCCUCCUGCCUCCCCAGCGAUGCUCCCAGACCAUCUUAAGUGUAACAUCCUCAAGGCCCAGAUGGAGGCAGCUUUCAGGAAGGAACCUCCAACAACGCCUAGAGGAAAGAACUCAAAUGAGACCCUUAAUGACAGAUAUCAGAGCUCGUCUCAAGACUCAGCUGGAUCCAGUCUCACCGCAGACAAAACUCCCCACCGGCAAGAGUGCAACCCGACGCCAGAGAGGCCCCAACCCAAAGCCAACACAGGCACCAAUCGCAGGAAACGACUGGUCAGACAGUUCAGCUUUAACCAUGAAGAUGAAGAUAAUCUACCAGAAGCGCUUGCAGCCAUCUCCUCCCAGAGUAUGGCAAAGUCAGGCUCCAGCAGCUCAUUGGACAAACAGAUACAGCCGUCUAUAUACCCACAGGUGGAUAAUAUGCCAGCACUGGAACUGGGUAGUCCGUGCUGUCUCUCUCCUUCGCCUUCUCCCCACGUCUCCCCUUCUUACUAUCGUAGCUCCAUUCCUCACCUGGUCCCUUACUUUGCUGCCCAUAACGACAGCGGAGAGGAAAUGAGGCUGGACAGAGAGAAGAUACUAAGAGCCCUCCUCAUGACAGAGCUCUGAGACAUUGACCUUCGACCCCUGUGACAUUGCUGCCACGUCCAGCAGGCCAGGCAUUGAGGGUGGAAAGUGAAAGUGGAUAUUGGUGACCCAAAGGUGUUAGCUGCAAUCAGCAUUUGUAUAUUUGCAUAAUACAUUCAGUAGGUAUGAAUAUAUGUAUAUUUGCAUAAAGGCAAUUGUUAUAUUUGCUUAAUGGUUACUUAAGAAGGAUCUUUAUAUUCUUAAAACUGAAAAUGUAUUAACUGUAAGUGAGCUUGAAUCAAACUGACUCACAGGCUAACUGACUGACUCACACAUUCACACACAUUACAGAAAAGCUACAGAUGUGACUGGUGCUGCCUGCAUGAUAAAUAUGUUACAAGAUGAAAUGUUAUCUGAUUUACUUUGAGGUUAUGUUUAGUUUUUAUGUGAUUUCAUCAUCACUGUGUCUUUGUUGAACUGUG